GUUUGGUUAGUCGAUAGUGGGACUUCAUAAAGAGCAGAUCAACAAUCUAGUGGAGCUAUCAUCAUUGCAGCUGCAAGAGAAUCCACAAGAAUGUUCAUCAGAUCCCUGGCCUACUGGCUGAUAUUCAGCAUCUGCUGGUGUAAUGGCAAUGCCCUGGACCAAUAUGGCAUCGUGUCCGGUGGAUCCACCACAACGGAGAGAAUCAAUUCGGCAAUGCGUUGCAUGAACAUCAAUCCACAGAAUUCGGUGGAUCUGGAACAGAUAAUGGGCCUCUGGUACGGCAGCGAGAUCAUCGUCCACAGCCAAGACUUUCCCGGCGUCUAUGAGUACGAUUCGUGCGUCAUCAUACACCUGGCUGACGUGACCGAUCAGAUGGUCAACAGCCUCAGAAAUCGCGGCUACGGCGAUGACGGCUAUGGUUCCCCGGACUACAACCGGAAUCAAAACAACUACGGACGUGACCCGACAACGCCCUCGUAUAUGGGAGAGGAUAAUUAUCCGAAUCAGGGGCGGGCAAAGCAGAACUAUCUGCGUUUGGUCUGGAGCGAGCGCGACAAUAAUUUAGAGUAUACGUUCAACUAUACGACCCGAACACCCGGGCAGUGGUCCAACAUUGGGGAUCAGCGGGGCAGUCUGGUGACCCUAAACUCCUACACGCAGUUCACGGGCACCGUCCAGGUGGUCAAGGCGGUCAACGAUCACCUGGUGCUGACCUUCUGCGGCAACGAUGUGAAGAGCUCCAUUUACACGGUGGUGUUGUCACGGAAUCGCCUGGGACUCAGUGCAGAUGAGCUGCGCAGUAUUCGUAAUCUGCUCUCACGUCGUGGCCUCUACACGGAAACCAUUCGAAAGGUCUGCAAUGGCUGUGGCCAUCUGGGAGGUAACAUUAUCUCGAUGCUCCUGUUUCUGCUUCUGCUCGUCUGGGGUCGCGGCCAGUGAGGUCGGAGGUCGUCGGAGCAGCUAUCGUAUUUAAUGAGUCCAGCCAUAAUAUUUUAAUUUAUGUGUAAACUACUUAAGCAAUACAGUGACGAGAGUUCGCCGAGUGCACUCCCCAAAAAAAAAAAA